AUGUCUACAGAAGAUGGAGAUUUCAGUAAAACAAUGGAUGAAUCAGAAGAUGCAAUAUCCGAAAGACCUUUUGAGUGUAUCCUGGACGAUUCCUCCAGUGAUGAGGACACAGUAUCAAGUUCUCAAGUACGUCCUGAGGUCCUUCAAGACAAAUCGCCUCCUCAGGCACCUUCUGAAAUCCUUCAAGAGGAAUCACCCUCUCAGGUACCUCUUGAGUCCCCACAGGAUAUAUCAGAAUCUCACGUACCUCUUGACGUACCCGAAGACAAAUCGACAUCAGGAUUGACUUCCCGUGGACCAGGAAGGAAGGAUCUCUCUGACGAGGAUGUUGAUGAAAUAAUUCUCUCGAUAACAUGGGUGAACGGUCGAGUCGGUGCGGCCUACUACAACAUUGUGACGUCAGAGUUAUUCGUAAUGGAAGAUAUAAUUGAAGAUGAAUUCAAUUACUGCAUUACACGCAGUUUGUAUAAGCAGUGUGAGCCUCGUUAUGUGAUUACAUCAUCAGGGAGUCCAGACGCCUUCAUAAAUAUUCUGAAGAAGCUGAUCAUUAAGGACACAGCUGACACUUCGUUUUCGAGUAGUUCUUGUGUGGACCAAGCCUCACAGGUCGUCCUAAAAAUCCUCCCAAAGAACGCCAACACCUUUGACGAUUGCAUCAACCGAGUGAAUCUCCUCAAACUACGUUCAGAACCCAAAGAAAUGAGCAACACCGAGCGAAUAAUAUUCCUCCAGUCAGUUCUUAAUUACACUUCAAGAGUAAUGAUUCACGCUCUGGGGAUGCUCCUGAAGUACAUUGACACCAAUUGGGGGAAAAUAGCUCUAGAUCCCAAAGGAGAUGCCAAUUACCUCUACAUCAAUUACAUCAGACUUCAAGAGCUCGUGAUGAUCGAGGAGGAGACCUUCAAGGAGCUCAACAUCAUGCAGUCGAAGUAUCACCCCAGUCUCUUCAAAUUUGGUAUGUCGAUAAAGCACGAGAGGAUGAGUCUCUUCACGUUGUUGAAUCGCUGUCAAUCGAGGAUUGGUGUUAAGUACCUCUGGAGACUGAUGCAGCAACCAACAAGAAAUAUUCGAGUACUUCAGGAACGUUUUCGUGUAACUGAGUUCUUCCUCAAUCCCGACCACACCAAUAUCUUCGAGAGCCUCAGGAAAGGUUUGAAGAACAUCGUGAGAUUGACUCCUGCUUUGCUCAAUCGUUAUUCCACACCCCUGGCUAAACCCUACGAUUGGAAAAAAUUGAGUCGGAGUUUUUCGAGUGUUAUUCACAUCGGGGAGUUGUGCGAUAUCUACAGAGACUCAGCUGAUGUCUUCAGAAAAGUUGCUGACUCCAUUACCAGGCACAUGCAUCAGUCUCGUUAUUUCAUUGAUCUGAUCGUUGAUCAUGAGAUGAGCAAGAAGCUGGAAAAAUUUACGGUUCGAGCUGGGGUAGAUAAUGAGCUCGAUGAGCUCAAUGCUGUGAAGAGAUCCCUUCCUGAUAUGUUGGCUAAGUACGUCGAGAAGGAUCUGCAAUUAUUGCCUAAUUCUGUCAAGUCUGCUAAACUCAUUUAUCUUCCUGAUAUUCUGUUUCUCCUGGGAAUCACCGAAUGGGUGGGAGAUUCCCCCGCCGGGGUCGAGAUCGAAGGGAUGGAGUUUAAGUGCUGCAUCGGAGGCAUACGACAUUACAAGAGUGCAACUACUAGAGAACUCGAUGAGUCUGUAGGGGACAUUCAGGGCAAGAUACACCAUCGUCAGAGUAUUAUUCUAAUGAAAUUGAUUAGUUUUAUUGACGAAGACAUUGGCUCCCUCCUCAAGUCAAUUGAAUGUUGUGCAGAAUUGGAUGCACUGAUGUCUCUCUCGACAGUAGCUCGUGGCCACAAUUACACUCAACCAAAAAUGGUGAAGUGUCACGUAAUUGACAUCAAGGAUGGAAGACACCCCUUGCAAGAGUUGUCAAGCCAAUACGUUCCAAAUGACACGCAAUCGGGUGAAGAUCACAGCCUCAUCAAGAUCUUUUCUGGUCCAAAUGCCUGCGGCAAGACAGCCUACAUGAAGCAAACAGCACUGAUCGUGUACAUGGCACAUAUCGGUUGCUAUGUGCCAGCAAGCUCUGCUAGGAUCGGAGUAAUCACCAAUUUUCUGAUGCAGGUUCCCUCGAUAAAGAGCAACAGCUACAACGCCAGCUCCUUCCUCGUUGAUUUACGCCAGGUCAACAGCAUUCUGUACUCGUCAACUCCAAAUUCUCUGAUCCUCAUGGAUGAAUUUGGUAGAGGAACUGCUGAGCGCGAUGGCCUGUCUCUUCUCGCUGGUAUAAUCUACAACUUCAUCAAACGCAAGAACUACUGUCCCCAUGUCUUCGUUGCUACCCACAUCCACAGAAUCCACACUGUCCUUCCACCAGAUCCAAUAUUUGAAAUGCAGAUGUUCGAUUACAUGCUCAAUGAGGAGAAUAAUGCGCUGGUCUUUCUCUACAAGGUGAUACCAGGCUGUGUCAAAAAGAGUUUCGCCCAUCAGGUUGCGAGGAGUAUGAAGUUGCAAAAUGAUGUUCUAGCUGAAGCUGUUGCAAUAUUCGAGAUCAUGACGAUGGGCCAAAUACCAGGGGUUAACCCUGAGGACGAUGGGAGAGUCAUGAUGAGACGAAUCGCUAAUUUGUCUAAUGGUCAAGAUCAGCCGGGGAAAAUCAAGGAUUUUAUCAGGACUGCCAUGGCUAGGAAGACGUAA